CCUGCCUGGAGUGCGAGCCGAUGCUGACGACGCCGUGGUGGGGUUCCAGCUGUCUGAUUAAUGAGAAACAUAAUGUAUUUUGGUGGUACGUGCCAGAGUCCUGCUCUCCCAGCCCUGGUUCGUCCACCAGCCCCUCCUUUGCAACCAUCGCUGGAUAUUAAACCAUUUCUUCCCUUUCCUCUUGACACUGCGGCCGCAGUCAACCUCUUCCCCAACUUCAAUGCGAUGGACCCGAUUCAGAAAGCUGUAAUAAAUCAUACUUUCGGGGUUCCUCUUCCUCAUCGAAGAAAGCAAAUCAUAUCAUGCAACAUUUGCCAGUUGAGAUUUAAUUCUGAUAGCCAGGCUGCGGCCCACUACAAAGGCACGAAACAUGCCAAGAAGCUCAAAGCACUGGAAGCCAUGAAAAAUAAGCAGAAAUCAGUAACUGCCAAGGACAGCGCAAAGACUACCUUCACCUCCAUCACUACCAAUACCAUCAACACCAGCUCUGACAAAACAGACAGUACCGCAGGGACACCAGCAAUAUCAACGACGACAACUGUGGAAAUCCGCAAAAGCAGUGUUAUGACAACUGAGAUCACCUCUAAAGUGGAAAAAAGCCCCACGACAGCCACUGGCAAUAGCUCAUGUCCUUCCACGGAGACGGAGGAAGAGAAGGCAAAACGGCUCCUUUACUGUUCGCUAUGCAAGGUUGCUGUCAACUCCGCCUCACAGCUGGAGGCGCACAACAGUGGUACUAAGCACAAAACCAUGCUAGAAGCCCGGAACGGAAGCGGGACUAUCAAAGCCUUUCCUAGAGCAGGCGUCAAAGGCAAAGGACCUGUUAAUAAGGGAAACACGGGCCUCCAAAACAAAACGUUUCACUGUGAAAUAUGUGAUGUGCACGUCAACUCAGAAACACAACUUAAACAGCACAUCAGCAGUCGAAGGCACAAAGACAGAGCUGCUGGGAAGCCCCCGAAACCUAAAUACAGCCCUUACAACAAACUGCAGAAAGCAGCGCAUCCACUGGGGGUAAAAUUAGUAUUUUCAAAAGAACCUUCAAAGCCAUUGGCUCCACGGAUUCUACCAAACCCGCUGGCAGCUGCCGCCGCCGCCGCCGCCGUGGCCGUGAAUUCCCCCUUCAGCCUGCGCACGGCUCCAGCAGCGACCCUCUUCCAGACUUCCGCUCUUCCUCCCGCACUCCUGAGGCCAGCUCCCGGACCCAUUCGGACCGCCCACACUCCCGUGCUGUUUGCUCCCUACUAAAUUCCAAACGGGAAUAAUUGUACUGCAAUAAUUUUUCACAAAACAAAACAAAAAACAAAGAGAACUAUGCAGUGUUUAUUUAUAGUUUAAAGUAUAUCUGAAGAGCCAGGACUUUUGAUAGUGAAUUGAAAAGAUAAUAAAAGGGGGUGGGGAGUAUAGGGGCAGGAGGGAGGGAGUGGUAUUUUCUCCAAA